AUGUGUUACUACGGCAGCUACUAUGGAGGACUGGGCUAUGGCUAUGGUGGCCUAGGCUAUGGCUAUGGUGGCUAUGGUGGCUAUGGUGGCUACGGUUAUGGUUGUUACCGCCCACUGUGCUAUAGAAGGUACUGGUCCUGUGGCUUCUACUGA